GAUUUUCCAAAUUUUUUUAUUAUUCGACAGUAGGUCGACAGCGUUGUAAAAAUUGAACUAAAAUUUUUUUAAAGUUCAAGAAUUGAUCUAGUUUGGUCUGCCCGUGACGCAAUUGUUUUUUAAAACAACAGGUCGAAAACAGCUUGAAAUUUUUGUAAAAGAUCAAAAACAGAUCAAAUAGUCCAAUUAGACUAAAAUCAGUUCAAUUUUUUCGAUCCCUGUAGAUCAUAAACAGAUUAAAAUUUUUAUAGAAGUUCAAUAACAGACCAAAUAGUCAGAUACAGUCCAGUUAGACUAAAAUCAGAUCAAAUUUUUCGACCCGGGCAAGUAAAUAAUUAUCUUCAAAUUUUUAUCUUGAAUCAAAAUUUUUUUUCUCACGUCAACAAAUUUUUACGCUUAAAUAAAAAAAAUUUCACUUGUCUCCAGAGUUUAUAUUUCUUAAAGUAAGAGAUAUUUUUUUUGGAGCAAUAUUGCAUUUUUUUGGUUAAAGAAAAUAAAAUUUCUCGGAACAAGUACUAUUCUUCUCACUAUCUUCUCAGCGUCUUGAAACUAACGAUCAAACAAAAUAUGAAAUUCAAUAUCGAAUCAACGACUUCAUAUAAUAGUAUUCAUCCAGCUUAUCAACACACUGAACAGUUUGAAAAUAACAUUGAGUCUUAUCGUAAUGGUACCCAGUGGUUCGGUAUUUUACUCGCAUUCAUAUCUGGUGCAUUUUUUACUAUAAGUUCAGGACUUGUGAAAGCUGUUAAAAAUGUUGAUCCCAUGGUACUACUUAGCAUUCGUGCAGUACUACAGAUAAUUAUUACGCUUUUCAUUGCUAUUCGAUGCGGUAAAAAUUUACUCGGUCCGAAAGGAUCCCGAUUACUGCUUAAUUUUCAAGGAAUGGUAGGAGGGAUGACUUUGGCACUACUGUAUUACAGUUUUAGAAAACUACCUCUUGGUGAUGCAACUACUAUUAUCUUCAGUUCUCCAGUCAUUGUUUUAAUAUUAUCGUUUAUUUUUCUUAAAGAACCAUGCGGAGUUCUUCGAGUUUUUGUUGUUUGUAUACUUUUUGCCGGCGUUAUUUUAGUAUUUAAGCCUCCGUUUAUUUUUCAGGUACACGAAGCGGAAUCGUAUGAUGUUAUGGGUUAUAUAUGUGCUAUUCUCGCAGCUUUAUUCACAGCAUUGAAUAUAGUUAUAAUGAGGAAAUGCUCAGAAAUUCAUUACGCUGUUGUUGUUCUUAAUAUUUCAAUGUGGAUUCUCAUUUCAUCUAUUCUUUUCUUUUUCUUAAUCUCGGAAGCUCAUCAACAUAUCCAGGCGUUUCCCAAUGAUUGGAUAACUUGGAGUCUCAUACUUUUGGUUGCUGCAACCGGACUUUGUGGGCAAGUAUUGGUCACGAAGGCUUUGAAAAUUGAAGGAGCUGGUAAAGUAUCCGUCACACGUUCUCUGGAUAUUAUAUUAGCAUAUAUUAUUCAAAUAUACUUUUUUGGUGAUAUACCCAACUCAACCAGUAUUGUUGGAGCAAUUUUAAUACUUGGUUCUGUUAUCACAAUGGGAUUUGAAAGAGAAAUUUAUGGAAUUUGUGAUUAUAUUCCUUAAUGUAGACAAAUAAAAUAAGUUAUAAGUGAUAAUUAUUUUUUAAAUAUAAUAAAUUUACAUAAGA